AAAUCAUUCACUAUUCCAUUUUUGCCUUUGGUUGUGGUGUUGUGAAUUUAUUUCUAGUAAAAUUCGUUUUUCUAUGAAAAAACUACGUAAAAAAAUGCCUCCCGAAGAAGUCGCGCAUCAAACCUACACCGAGGAUGGCCCGGAAGAGGGCGAAAUCCUCUCGGACGACCACCUCGAAGACAUUUCAUCCGACGAGUCCUAUGAUCUGGACUUGCUCCCCAAUGGUAAGUCAAUUCGUAAUAAUCAUCACUUACACGCCUUGUCUUUAAGCAGCAUCUCGGACACUUCUAUCCAUGGGCAAAGCGUCCCGAAGACUCGUAGAAAACGACAUGGACACGAACAUCGUGGACAUUGCAAGAGGAAGCGAACCUGCAGGAGGCGGAGGGAAUGUAGCACCAGUAGCAGUGACCAAGAAGACACUACGUUGGAUGUAAGACUGAAAGCACAAUUAAAGGCAGCUAUAAAGUUUGAUUCAAUUGAAAAUGCCCAUAAAAACAGUCUCAGGACAAGGCUAAAUGCCAUGGUCAAUGGCCCAGUUAAUGAGGAACCAAAAUCUGAUUCGGACUUAAAUCAUGACACAAUAGAAAUUAUUGCCAGUGGUUCUGAAAAUAGAGUGGAUACACCAGAAAUUGAGGAUAUAGAUAAUGAGCUAAUUCAAUUGAGACUGGCAGCUCUCAAAACUGCAAUAUGUAAUAAAUAUGCCAAAAGAACAAAGAGAAAAAAUGACAUGAAUAAAGAAAAUAAUACUGUGGAAGAAGUUCCGCAAGCUCAAAUGAAUAGUAAUGAGAUUAUUGAUGAAGACCCUGCAGAAAGUAAUUUACCUCCAGCACCCUCAAUAGAGGAAGAUGAGGAUGUCCUAAGAGCCAUAUUACUAGCUUCAAUGUCAAAAAAAAUUACUUCCUACCAACCAGAACCAAUAAUAAAUAAUAAAAAUUUCAAAAUUAAUAAUUUCAAUAAUGUAAAUAGAGCUUUCAAUAAAAAAAUAAAAAUGCCUCAAGUGAAACCAUUGAUUAUUCGCAUAAAUUCUGAUUCUGAGGAUUCAGAUUGGGAUUUGAGCAGUCCAGAAAAAAAUGUGCAGAAGACUAAUCCAGUGAUCAAGCCAGAAGAUUCUGAGGUGAAAUUUUCAAAUAAAUUACAGAAACAUAAUGGGAUUAACUCUGAACAGUUAUCAACCACAAACCAAGAGGAAAUUUCUCAGAAAAAAAUCAUUAGCAGCUCAAAUAAUAAUAAAUUAGUUGAGGAAAAUCCUCAAGAUAAUGCCCCAAUAGUUACCGAAAACACUCCAAAUGGGAUAAAAAAUAUUGAAAUUGUUAAGUUACAAGAAGCUGAAGCCCUUAGCAUUAUUGAGAGCAGUGUAGAAAAAUUCCUAAAAGAACAAAGGGCUAAAGUAGAGUCAAGACAAAACUUGAAAAUCCACCCAAAAAAGUUUCCUGUAAAUUUAAAACCACCCCCGAAAAAGAAUCUCCUAAACAUAAAAACCCAGCCCAAAAAACAUCCCCUAAACAUAAAAGUCCAUUUGAAAAAAAACUCCCAAAAUAAACCCAAUUCGCCUGAUUUAGAAAAAUCUGCCUUAAAAUUUUUACCUGCCAAGAAAAUGGAGGAAUAUCAAAAAUUGCAAAGUUUACUCAAGCAAAAAAAGGCUCAAAAACUACUCACCAAAAAUAAAUCGGAUAAAUCCACUCAAACUGUAACUGUAAAAAAUUCAUUACCUGAAAUUCCAAAAACUGAAGACUUUGAAUCCAUGAGAAAAAAAGAAAAACAGUCCUGCUCUAGUGUACUCCGUGCCACCCUGAAACAGCUGGAAAUGAAAAACUCUAACGGAAGGUACUGUAAUUUUAUUAUCACUUUUUUUUCGAUAUAUAAUAAAGUUACAGUACUAAAACCAAUCCUCCCUCCUAACAUAAGAUUCCAGAUCCAAGACAAAUACAAAGAUUUGCGGCCGCUGAUUAGAAAUAUUAAUCAAGUGAAUAAAGAGCAGAAACAGUGCGAGCAGAAUGUUGAUAGGUUAGUGAAAGAGCUCGCCGAGGCUAGAAGAAAACAGGAAGAGUUGCAUAGGAAAAUGUUGACUGGCGUUACAAACUUGGCCGACGAGAAAAAAAAAAUAGAAUUAAGCUCACUAAAACCAGCAAUACCAAAUAAGGCGUCAAUAAUUUCAAAUCCCCCUCUAAUAACAUCUGCAAUAUCUGCUGGCCAAAAACUUAUCUCUGAAAAGUCUGAGUUGAAAACUCUUACCCAAACCGCAAAGAAUAAGGAUCAACCAAAAGUUGGCACUGAAAAUAAAGUUACAGAUCUGAAUAAUAUUGAUAAGGUCAAUGGAAAAACUACAGAAAAAUUGACAGCUUUGAGGCAGGAAGAUGAUGAAAUUAAAAAAUUAAAGAGCGCAUUAAAACCAGUUAAAUCCAAUAAUGCCCUUGUAACGUCAACUCCCAUUAAACCCUCUCUACCAGCAAUGACUUUAUUAGCUUCAACCAUAACUUCGGAUCAAUCACUAGUUUGUGACAAAUCUGGUUCGAGCGUUUUUGACCAAACCACCAUACAGGAUGAUGAUGAUAGUGAAAAUAAAAUAAGAGACCCAAAUGAUAUUGAUGAGAUUAUUGAAAAAACUAAAAAUAGAAAGCAAUGUGAUGAGGUGAAAAAGGUGGAGACGUCCGAGUACAAGUCGCCAUUGGAACAUCAUGAAAGUAUUUUUUACAGACAAACUCGUUGGAAUCCCUUAGUUUCAAUUUGCCCCUUCGAAAUUAACGGCACAUGUAAAGACUCUGAGUGUAUAUUUAAUCAUUUGACAAAAUAAGUUUUAUUUAAAAUUUAAUUAUAAAACGUGAUAUUUUUUCAGCCUGAUUACUUUAAAAAAGAAUCAAUUUAUUAUGCUUCCUACUAUCUAUUUUAUAUUAUAUUUUCUUGUGUAAAAACGGUCCUCUAUUACUCUUGAGUUGCCAUUUAUCCAAAUUUAUUUUUUAUCUUAUUUGGUUUUUAGUUAUAAGUAUAGUACAAAUAUUUUUGCCAGG